ACCUAUCUCAUACGUUCACGCCCUCUCAUUCUUCAACCCCUCCCAGUUUCUCCCAUAUCAAUUAAUGGCUUCAAACGGUGAAGGACCAGCAAUUGGCAUUGACCUUGGAACCGCGUACUCAUGCGUUGGAGUUUGGCAAGACGGCCAUGUUGAGAUUAUAUCCAAUGAUCAGGGCAACAGGAUGACGCCGUCCUACGUGGCUUUUACAGACGCAGACUGUUUGAUCGGCGAUGCUGCCAAGAACCAGGUCACCAUCAACCCCAUCAACACUGUUUUCGAUGCAAAGCGUUUGAUUGGUAGGAGAUUCACUGAUGCCUCUGUUCAAAGUGACAUGAAGUUAUGGCCUUUCAAGGUCAUUCCUUGCGCCGGGCGAAACAAGCCAAUGGUUGUGGUGAACUACAAGGGUGAAGAGAAGCAGUUUGGUGCUGAGGAGAUAUCGGCUAUGGUUCUCACAAAGAUGCGGCAAACAGCAGAGGCUUACCUUGGCUCAACUGUAAAGAAUGCUGUUAUCACCGUCCCGGCAUACUUCAGUGACUCUCAACGCCAGGCCACAAAGGCUGCCGGUGUGAUUGCCGGCAUGAAUGUUAUGCGUAUCAUUAACGAGCCAACUGCCGCCGCCAUUGCGUACGGUCUUAACCAGAAAGCCUCAAGUGCUGCCGGUGACAAGAUCAACGCCCUCAUCUUUGAUCUUGGUGGUGGUACUUUUGAUGUUUCCCUUGUCACAAUUGAAGAGGGUACUUUUGAGGUCAAAGCUACUUCUGGAGACACCCACCUAGGAGGUGAAGAUUUUGACAACAGAAUGAUGAGCCAUUUUGUGGAGGAGUUGAAGAUCAAACACAAAAAGGACUUGAGCAAUGACCCCAGAGCAUUGAGGAGAUUGAGGACAUGUUGUGAGAGAGCAAAGAGGACUCUUUCUUGCACAACUACUCAAACCACCACCAUUGAGAUUGACUCUCUAUUUGAGGGCAUUGACUUUUGCUCCACAAUAACUAGAGAAAAAUUUGAGGAGCUCAACAUGGACCUCUUCACAAAGUGCAUGGACAUUGUGGACAAGUGUUUGAUGGAUGCUAAAGUGGAGGACAAGAGCACUGUCCAUGAUGUUGUUCUUGUUGGAGGUUCUACUAGAAUUCCCAAGGUACAACAGCUAUUGCAGGAUUUGUUUGAUGGCAAGGAGCUUUGCAAGAGCAUCAAUCCUGAUGAAGCAGUUGCGUAUGGCGCCGCGGUACAAGCUGCCAUUUUGGGCGAUCAGAACCGCCUGGACUUAGUCUUGCAUGAUGUUGCCCCAAUUUCCCUUGGAUUUUAUAGUUUCCAAAGAGUUAUGGAUGUCUUUAUUCCGAGAAACACUAGAAUUCCCACCAACAAGGAAGUGCUUGUGUCAACCUUCAUGGAUAACCAACCUUGCGUGUAUACUCAGGUAUUUGAGGGUGAAAAUCCAAGGCCAGCAAGAAACAACGUGUUGGGUAAAUUUGGGAUCUCAGGCAUCCCUCCUGCUCCCCAGUGGGUGCCUCAGGUCACCAUCUGCUAUGAUAUCGACGCCGACGGAAUUUUCAAUGUCCAUGCGGUUGCUGAGGACAAAACCACUGGGCGGAAGAACAUACUCACAAUCAACAAUUAUGAGAGAUUAUCCCAGGAGGAAAUUGAGACUAUUGCUGCGGAUAAGGAGCAUAAUAAAUUAUAUGAGGCUAGCGGUUAUGCACAGCUCGAUCGUUUAUUACUCUCUAUUUAGCUAAGUUUUGGUCCAAUAGAUAUAGUUAUUAUGUUUUUUUAGUUAAUUAAUCUUGAUCAAGUGGCUAGAUGCUACAAAAUUAUUCUCUAUUUAUUUAGCUAUAGUCCGGUUAUGAUUUUUUUUUCUUGAGUUCUAUCACAAAACCCCUUGCAAAA